CUAACGCUGCUCUCCGGGCAAUGAGGAGUGCUGGGCAGGGGCAGGAACCGCUUUCCUUUCCUCUGCAAGAAAACAAGCCGUGAGGACACCUAAGGAUGUGCUGCCCAGAUGUGUUUCCCACCUCCACCUUCCUCCUAGGACUCAUGUGCUUGACAGCUUUCAGCAACUUUGCCAAGACUUCUGCAGACUUCUCAGGUUACAUGUCACAGGUACUAAAGAAUUACACUGACCAUGCCUGUGAUGGAGAAUAUGUGUCCCUGAGAUGUCCCCACAGAACCACCAUCAGCAUCCAGUCUUCUUUUUAUGGCCGAAUUGUACCAAGUCAUCAGCUGUGUCCUUCUCGCUAUCCCCACUCCUAUGCAACUUUAAUUAAAGAAGAUGUUGCCUGUUCAGUUGGCACUUCUCUUCAGAAGAUGCUGGAUGAGUGCCAGGACAGACGGAGCUGCCAGUUCCUCGUCAACAGCCGGCUGUUUGGGACAGAUCCCUGCCCCGGGACCGGCAAGUACCUCCUCGUGUGGUACAAGUGCAGGCCAAAUGAAUACAAGAGUAAAGUAGCCUGUGAAGAUGACAAGCUGAGGCUGAGCUGUAAGAAGAGCAUGGUGAUAGCCAUUUACUCUGCUAUCUUUGGGAGGACACAAGGAGGCAGCCUGGAGUGCCCAUACCAAAACCUAGGGAUGCCCAUGAUUGAGUGUCAGUCAGCUACUGCUCUCCAGCUCAUGAUCAAGCGCUGUCACGGGAAAAGAAGCUGCAGCAUAUAUGCCAGCACCUAUGAAUUUGGAGAUCCUUGUUACCCAGGCAUCCAAAAGCAUCUUAAUGUCAUCUACACCUGUGUUCCCAAGAAGCUCCUGCAUGAAACUCAGGCAGGACCAACCAAUCAACAAGGGUAUCAGAAGCCACAUUUUCCGCUGCAGCCAAGAGUGUUUGACCCCGAUGUUAUAGGGGACGGCGUGUUCCUUUCGGAUGUCUCUCCUUCCAACAUAGAGCGAGCUCUCCCAGCAGAGAAGAAGAAGGGGAGGUCAGCCACUUUCUACCCUGUAGACAACACCCCCCUCCUGCUCCCUGUGGAUGAGACAGAACCGCCAGGGCUCAGCAGCAGCAGCAGCAGCAGCAGCAGCAUGGAGCCCGUGGGCGUCGGCACGGAGAUGGCCCUGCUCAGCAACAUCCUGGCAGCCUAUGCCUUCAUCACAGAAAACCCCGAGCGGGCCGCGCUGUAUUUCGUGUCCGGAGUGUGCAUUGGACUCGUGCUGACCCUGCUGGCCCUGGUGCUCCGGGUGUCCUGCCGGACGGACUGCAAGCGCUCCUCCUCCAAAAAACCUCCUCGGGAGCGGGAGAGCGACAGCGACAGCAGCGACAGCGACGACGACUCGGACACCACGUCGGACCUGUCUGCCCGCAGGCACCGCAGGUUCGAGAGGACUUUGAACAUGAACGUGUUCACCUCGGCCGAGGAGCUGGAGCGAGCGCAGCGGCUGGAGGAGCGGGAGCGCAUCAUCCGCGAGAUCUGGAUGAACGGGCAGCCCGACAUUCCCGGCACCAGGAGCCUCAACCGCUACUACUGAGCCUCGGGGGCUCCAGCGCUCCUGCCCGGCUCCCCGGGCUGCCCCACGCCUCGGAGAGGAGAGGGAGGGGACAACACAACACGGGCGUCCCCCCUUUUCCCAUCAGGGGUGCCAGCUGGAGCGGCGUGCAGGGACAGCCGUGGUGAUUCCCCGCCUCUCUCUCCCUGACAUAUUGGUAUCACCCCUCUUCCCGGACGCUUUCUGGUUUCAAAGAAGUGAUUGCCAACUUCAUUUCCGAGUAGCAGGCAGGGAGGUGACAAUGGCAGCUCCCCCGUGUGGGAUGUGGCACUGGGCGCACCGUGGUGUGAGGGCUCCUUUCCUGGCUGGACAGGGAGGCUCUCCAGGAUCUGGUCUCCAUUUAGGAAUUUUUGGUUUCCCUUUCCCGAGGACUGUGGGAGAAUUAUGAACAAAAUGACAACUCUGGAAAGAUGAUUUGGGGGAGGUGCAUCCUGACCGAUUGUCUUGUGACUUCAGAAGCCAUGAGAUUAACCUAAUUAAAACCCAACAGCAAAUAGGACUUGUUAGGAACUGGGGGAUGGGAGGGAGGGGGAUUCUUCCAUCGUGAAAUCAUCUCGGUGCUUGGAUGUCUGCCAUAGUGUGUUCAGUUAUUUAUGGCUGUCUUUUCAUCUUCCUUUUCAAUGGGAACAUUUAGUUUUUUUACUGACACCUCAGGGAUAAAAUCCUAUUAUUUUUUUGAGUCUGCUCUCCCUCCUGGCCCCUGUCAAACACAACCCAACCCAUCUCCAACAGUGAAAUUCUGGUAAUGUAAGAGAUGUGUCAGUCGCUAGUGAGAAGUUAACAACCUCAAAGAGGUUGAAAAAGGUUUUCUUUUUGUUUUAAAUAUAUAUAUAUAUAUAUAUAUAUAUUUGAAGAUGCUGCACAGGAAUGUGCCUUAUUCUUUUUUUUUUUUUUUUUGUUGUUGUUGUUAAACUACAGUUUUCCUAUGGAUAGCAAUGCACAAUGUUUUAUAUAUUUUAUUAAAAAAAUAAAAUUAAAAAAACCUCUGUGUUUACCAGAGGAAAACCAACACAGAAGAAGCCAUGUCUGACAACAAAAUGGGUAAUAAAUGCUAAAUAAACUCUGGUUUGCUUCAAUACAAUUGAAUUUGCAUCCUCAGUUUUGGCAUAGGUGUUGCUUGAGGGAGAUCUUUGGAAGAGUAGCACACCUCUGCAAGCAAUCAAGGCGGAUGUUUUCAGCAUGCAGGGAAGUGGCAGCACUUAUUUUUUUUUGUCUGCAGCCCAUCUAUCAACUUCUGUGGUGCACAUGGGCAGGAGAGCUGAACAACGUGUUGGUUACUCAAGGAGCCAGCUCAACGUGAUUUCAUGAUGCUUUGAGUCUGUCCUCCAUACUCAUAUCAUACCUGGGCCAGAAGUAAAUGUUAAAUGAACUAAAAAAAAAAAAAAAAAAAAAGAAAAAAGUGUGGAAGAAAAGGUGCAAUGUUUUAGUCCUUCUUCAGUUGUCCCCUGGAAUUUUCAAUGGGGCAUCACCACCCCCUUCACUCCCCAAGCAGCAGUUCACAUCACCUCAGCUGAAGAACUUGGUGUUUCUCACAUCUGCACGGCACUGCUGUAGCCUGCAUGGCUUUGGGGUCUGCUCCUCUGUCAUUUAGGCACGGACAUAUUAGUUCCAGAAUCUUAAGGGUUUGCAAGGAAAAUAGAGAUCAAAAGCUCUGACGACCCAGAGCUUUUCCCAAGCUUUAAGGAGAGAUGGAAAUGGGUGGACCUGCCCACAAGAUGACUGAGGAUGUUAUAAGGGAUGGUGUGAUGUGCCAAACAUCUGCAUGGUGGCACAUCAUGGCACUUGUGGCCUUCUUGGCACUCUUUGGGAUCACUGAGGCUUUUCCUGUGAUGAGGAAAGCUGCAUUGGGAGUGCCCACAAAUACUCCUCGUGGCUCUUGCAGGGUGAGAGCAAAGCUGAAUACCUGCAGCUGGUGGCACGGGCACUGUCUGGGGUCAGGCUGGCUGCUGAGAGGUGGUUUCACCUGAGAAGGCAAUUUGAGCACUGUGGAGUGAUUCUGGGUCUGGUCCUGUGAAGAUCUGACUGGAAAGGCUCAGUGUUGGAAUGGAAUAUAAUUUUUGCAUCUAAUGUGUAGAAAUAAAGCAGGAGGCAGGUCCCAAGCCCUGAUGCAUUGCCAGGUGCUUUAGCUGGAAUGUUGAACACACUCUGCUGAGGGUGUUGAGGAGCAAAGGCAGGGUGAGGUCAGCGGGGUCAGUUCUGCUGGCCAUGUGUUUUCCCCUACAAUGAUGCAGUUCCUCAACCCUGGUGAUUCAAGAAUAGCAUGUUUUCAGAUUUAGAAUGCUGUGUCCUGGGACAUAACUCGCAAAACUGAUUUUAAAAAUGUUAUAAAUGAAUGGAUUUAUGUGUAUGAUUUUCCCAAAUGACUUUUUGUUUGACCAGAGGAAGAACAACUGUGGUAAAUCUAAGUAUACCUGAUAUGCAACUGUGGGAUUAAAAUAUCUGCUUCAAAUGUAAAUCACAGCCAAACUCGAGUUGCAAAUGGAUGAACGCUCCUCCCUUAGCAUUGCUAGUGCUGCUGUAAAUCUUCCAGAUGAAGUUUGAAAUAAAAGGAGCAGGGUUGAGCAGACAAACCCAUCACAGCCUUGCCCUAGGUGAAAAAAUGUAAUACAAGUAGUCUCACUGUCUUCACGAGCAAUACCUUCACGUACUUUCUAGCUCCUAUUUUGUCUCAGGGACUUACUAAGAAAACUUUCUAACUUUCUAAGAAAACUGACUAAAGAAAAAGAAAAACUGCAAUCCUUUGAGCUGUGGAAAAGACUUUAAGUCAUUGGGUAGCUAUUUCUCGAUUUGUCUCAGAAGUGCUCAAUAGUUUGUCUGAGGGACAAAACACAGUCAAAAUUCAUGGGGCAAGAGCUUGGUGGUUUGUCUUCAGCUCCAGCAAUGGAGCAAAACCUGGAGUAUGGAAGAGCUGGAUUCACUGGGAGGGGGGUCGAAUCUGUAUUGCUUACCCUGCAAAAGAAUAUCUUAAGCAUAUGGAGGUUUGGACUUGUCUGGUUUCCACCUUCUGUGUUGUGCCUAAUGUGCCAUGUGAAUAUUAAAACACUCGUAGAGCCAGGGAGGAGAGAACAAUUGCUUUUCUACCAGCCUACUGUGAAUCCCUCUUGUAGGAGGUUAUGCAUAGCUCUGCUCUCCUACUUCCAUGCUUAAUUAAUUUUUUACAUUAAAAUGAAAUAUUAUUUCCAGAAUAACACUCUUCAGAUUUUCCAGAAUAACACUCUUCAAAUGUUAUUUCCAGAAUAACACUCUUCAAAUUCCAGAAUAACACUCUUCUGUCCUUCACCAGGACAGAUAAAGGAGUUGAAAUAAAUUUUUCCUGUUUUCUGAAUGAAAUUCCUAAUUUACAUUUUGGGUAAAGAGAUGCUGUAUUCAUUUUCCAUGUGGAUCUGGUUUUUGUGCCUCAGUUUAACUUUAGAAUUUUAUAAUGAGGAUAACAGAGCAAUCCUGGACUAUAUCAUAGGGGAAGCACAUGACAUUAUAUUUAAAAGGAGCAGCAUUGCAGCUGCCGCGUGCUGUCUGCUGGACCCAAGGCUUGGGGCAGGUGAGCCUUGAGCAGUGAAGUGCCUGUGCUGGACACUUUCACACCUCUUGCAACUGCAGAGUAACCACAGAGCCGUGCAGUUGUACCAUGUUAGCUCAGGAAAUGAGUGUGAUGGGUUGGAAAUCUGAGGGUUGCACUCCUGGGAGAAGAGUGAACACAUGGAAGAAGUGAGUCAGGUUUUCAGAGCCUUGACUGCACGUUCAUUGUCCUCCUGUCUGGUGGGACAGAUUGGGCUGGUUACAGAAGCCAUGGCUGUGCAUGGAGAGGUGGCAGAGUGAAGGUUGCUCCAGCCAGACUCCCACCCUGCUCUCCUACUCUCUUCCCAUGGCCCCUGACUUCUCAGGGCCGUUUUCACCUCCUGCCACCAUCCGGCCAUCGGCACUGACCUCCUUUGAGGACCUGUGUUCAGUGUACCCUGAAAAUCUCACUAAUAUGGUGUUUGCUGCCUUUCCCAUGUCCACCCUGGUGUUCAUAUCCUCGAUGAAUUCCAGCUGGUUAAUGAGGCAUGCCUUUCCCUUCCAGAAGCCACGGUGCCACUACUUAACCCCUUGCCUGCCGUCCUUCCCAGCACCCCAGGGGCUACACAAAUAAAAUGAGCUCCCUGAGCCGUGGUACUGCCAGGAUGUACAGCAUAUGCCUGUGGUGCUGCAGGGAAUCUGAAUUUCCUUUUGUGCUGCAUGGAGCAUCUCAAGUUUCUGGAGGUGUCACAAGCAAUUAAUCAUCUAAGACUGGCCCAGAAUCCUUCUGCUCAGAAUCAUUGUGGAGGUUUGUUCAUAGUGAAGUUUUGAAUCUGAAUUUGAUCUGCAUUUCUACUGUCCUUAGAUAUCCCUAAAAAUAAUUCUCAGUGUUGCUUGCCUUUGCUUGUACACUCAUUAGAAGUGGUGCAGCUUGCUCCUUCACACAAUUUCCUCUAUUUUUUGAGGUUGUCUCCAGGACUCUCAGUUAAACACAACCAAUCAAAAAGGCAGAAAUGGUUUUUGGUUCCUCACAGGGCAGCUCACCAUUGUGUGCUUUCCUACACCACUGAGCUGAAGAUGCUCUCUUACUCUGAGUGAUGUGGUGGUUCAGUAGUAUUUUAACAAAUAUUUAGGCAAAUCAGUUGCUUUGGGGGUUUUCAGUUGCUGGGCACUGAAUGGAUCUAUUCCAGUGACAGUGGUGUAAUGUCACCAUUCGGAUUAUUGCUCCAGGGAGCCUGGGGCACUGGGUGAUGUCACUGGGAAUGAUGUGUGGGCUGAACCAUGACCAUGGAAACUGCUUGGAGGGGUGUGUGCCAUGGGUGCUCUAGGGACACACUUGCUCACAUCAUGAGAGCCAGCCAGUUCCCCUGGGGGAUCUCUCAGAAGGAUGGACGGCUUUGUCCUCAAAACAAACUCAAGUGCAUCUGGCCCAUUAUUUCCCUUGGGAGGUCUGUGUUUGCUGAGGGGAGGAAUAAGAUACAUUCCUUGUUCAGGUUUCUGUAAAUAUGGCUAGAACACCUCCAGAGUCAGGUUUAAUGGGUGUCAACACUGAGUCUCUGUUCCCUCUGUCUGAUCACUGGUGGGGGGCUCAGGAAGGUUCCUGGAAGGAGGGAGGUACUGCACCAAUGUGCUCCACACUGAACCUCUGAUCAGACGCCUUGAGGGACAGGGGACUCAUGCUGCUGAUUUACCACACCUGUAACCCCCAAACAAGGCUCCCUGAUGCUGAGGCUUCACCAGGAGCCAGGGGAAAGGAGCCAUUCUUUGAUGACCAAAGGCUGUUGACACAGUACUGGGGCACUGAGGUCAGGACCAUGAGCAUAGCCAGGCAAAUGUGACACCCACCACUCCUACUGCAACCUGCCCAAAAUGGCCUGCUCCUCUGGAACCAGGUCCUGCAGGACAGUCCAAUUUUUUGGUGCUAAGAGAAGUGUCUGCUAGAGAAGACACUAAUUUGGGGGGUGGGAUUAGACUGAUGGCAAGUUGCCCACCUUACAUGCAUGUGUCAGUGAUGGCUUCACACUGCAUCUGUGCACUUGCAAAUAUGUGGCUGCUUCCCAAACCACUCAGGACCGUCAGAACCAUCCAGAAAACAUUUCAAAGUCAUAGAAUCAUAGAACUUGAGCUGCAAGGGACUCAAGAAUCAUCGAAGUCCCACACCUGGGUCUGCACAGGACACCCCACAAGUCACACCCUGUGCCUGACAGCACUGUCCAAACACUUGAGCUCUGUCAGGCUGGUGCUGUGACCACUGCCCUGGGGAGGC